AUGCCCCCGACGCCCUCCGACCGCCCGCGCCGCCCCCGUCCCCGCAGCGGCGACGUGGCCUUCGUCAAGACGUUCCGGGGGCAGGGGGGGUCUCCCGAGGACGGCCACAACGGCACGGCGUCGGUGGAGUUCGAGGACGAAAACGACGCGAUGACCGCGGUGCGCACCUUCCACCGGCACCCCAUCGGCGACGAUCGCUUCCUGUCGGUGCGCCGGGACCGCAAGGCGGACCCCUCCCGGGGGCCACUGGUGGCCAACGCGGCGGGGCGGCAGGUGGUGUUCUUCGGGCUGCCGUACCGGUACAGCGAGGACGACGUCCGCCUGAUCGUGGAGGGCGUCGCGCCGACGGAGGCCGUCCAGAUCGUCAGAGACCACCACGGGAGCUCGCGCGGCUUCGCACGGGUGGCGUUCCAGACGGAGGAGGGGGCGAGGCUGGCGAUUGAGCGGUUGGACGGGGUGGUCAAGCACGGGCGCUUGUGGGCGGUCAAGUUCGACAAGUUCGCGGCGGGGGUGCCGCACCGGACCGUCGCGCACGGUGACAGCGCGGAGGGGGAGGACUUGGGCGGGGGGGAGUCGGGGGAGGAGGACAGCGCGGAUACGAGGAGCUGA